ACUUCUCGUGCUCCCGGCACAAAACAUGGAUGAGAAGUCGCGAGACGAGUGUCGUGUUCCCGUCUUUUGGUAUCGCACGAAAAAACUGCUUCACUGUGAACUUGUGAUGCAUAGAACUGAGCACACAACUUAAUUUGUCUUGCUACACAUGCAAGACAUUCUUGGGAUUUUCAACGUGUUUUGCCUUAGGAAGCACGCAUGGCAAGUUUAUUUCUUGGUCAUGUGUAGGAGCCACGAACCUGUAUUAUGCAAAACUUGCAAAAACAAAAUUCUUACAGUGAAACUCGCUUUUUUCGUACGAUAUUUGGCGUCCACUUUUUAAACUGGGAGCACUCCUGGAACGCCGAGGGAAGAACCAACCUCGCACUGCACCCAGAUUAUUUGGAUGCCCAAAAAUAUAGCACCCCAGAUGUAGACUCCGAAAAGCUCCUCGCGAACUUGAUG